AAUAGAAAAGCCAGUUAGUCGCAGUGAUCGUGGGUUUCUGUGAGUAGAAGCAUAAAGUGUGAACGGUACAAUGCUGGAAGACGAAGAUUCCGAUCGCAUCGAGAAGAUCUGCCCUGUUUGCAAGAAGGAGGCGAGCAAGCGAUGUUCCCGCUGUGCCAUGGUGUAUUACUGCUGUGUGGAACAUCAGCAGCAGGACUGGAAGGUGCACAAAACCACCUGUCAACCGUUUAAAAUCUUCUCGAACGAGCAGUAUGGACGGUUCCUGGUGGCAACGAGAGACAUCAAAGCAGGCGAGAUCGUACUGAAAGAAUCGCCGCUUGUGCACGGACCGGCACAGAUCACCGGGCCGGUAUGCGUUGGAUGUUUGCAGGGUUUGGAGGAGAAAAAAUACCUAGACUGUGAACGCUGUGGAUGGCCAGUCUGUAAACGAUCCUGUCAAGACAGCCCCUCGCAUCAGGCAGAGUGUAAGUUUACGAUCGCACGUGGUAGCAAGAUCUCCAUCCAGCACUUCUACGUGCCCCAUCCAACCUACCAGUGCUUGAUGCCGGUGCGCUGUCUUCUGUUAGCCGAAAGUGAUCCGGCCCGAUGGGAAACCCUGUUGAAGUUGGAGUCCCACGAAGAAGAGCGGCGCGGCUCGGAACAGUGGCGAAACGAUCGCGAAGGCGUAGCAAAGUUGAUUCCACGCUUCUUCAAGUGUGAAAACAAAUGGGACGAAGAUGAGAUACUGCGCGUCGUUGGCAUCAUUCAGGUGAAUGGGCACGAGGUACCGAUGACGGAGCCGUCGUCCGUUGCGAUCUACAACAUGGCCUCGAUGCUGGAACACUCCUGCCGGCCGAACCUGGCGAAGAGCUUCACGAACCGCGGGGAGGUGGUGAUGUGGGCCCCGAACCCCAUACGGCGCGGCGACCGGCUAAGCAUCUGCUACACUGACGUGCUGUGGACGACGGGCAAUCGGUUGGAGCAUCUGCAGCAAACGAAGAUGUUCCGGUGCGAGUGUGAACGGUGCAGCGAUCCGACCGAGUACGAGACGUACUUCAGUGCGGUGCGUUGUUCCGGCUUUCAGAAGGACUCCAAGUGCAAGGGUUACCUGCUGCCGGUGGAUAACGCCCAGUGGACCGGCGAGUGGCAGUGUUUGCGAUGCUCGAAGGAGGUGUCGGGCGCGACCGUCUGCCAGAUACUGGAACGCGCCCGGAUGGACCUGGAAGCGAUGGAGAAGCAUCGGGAGGAUCAUUGCAACCGGUACAUAAAGCACUACUCGAAGUGGCUCACAGCGAACCAUCAGUACAUGGUGGACGUGAAGAUCUCGUUGUCGCAGGUGAUCGGUGGCAAAAAUCCGGAAGCGAUCAAGAAGAUUCCGUACGAAAAGCUGAUGAACAAGAUAAAGAUAUGUCAGGAUUUGAUCGCGCUGUUUGAGAAGAUUUGCCCGGCGGAAGCUCGUGCCUUUGGAGCAACCCGUUUCGAGCUGCACGCAGCGCUGGCGGAGCUUGGCAGACGCUCCACGGAAGCAAACAAUCCGGCAGCAGCAGCGGUACAGCUGGAAGAUUCACUGCACAAUGCAAACGAGUGCAUACGGAUGCUGCUGCACGAACCGUCCAUGCUGAUGGAGAGCAAAAUAUGUGCUCAGGCGCGUAUCAACGCAAACACGCUGAAGGCAUUGCUGGGAAUUAAGGAGUAAAGUGCGACAGCGCGUUUGGUUCUAAGCUUCAGGGCAGGAAAAGAAAGCGAGUUUUGUGGAUGGAUGGAUGGAUAUGGAUUGCACUUAGAAUGAUGAUACUUAGUAAGUAAAACCACCGCAAGUGAUUCCUAGAAAAAUAGUCAAUAUGCACAGUUGAAAAGGUGUGUGAGUGACUGCACACGAAAAUAAACGACGGCUAAUCUACGUUAUACAUCAUGCGGAUGUUGCUAUUUAA